UCGUUACGUUGUCCUGGUCGUGGGUGACAUGAAUCUCCUGGUUCGGUAGAUGUUCGUUCAUGCUUAUCGAUAAGUACAACGUGUCUGCCAUGUGGCUCCGGGCACGAACACACAAGACGUCAUCAUGGUUCGUAUCUUGCUGACCGAUUAACUUUGGUGCAUACAAGUGCCGACAUUGUAGCUUCAAAACUGUGUUGGGGGUUUUUGCUACUUGAUGAGCAAAGGAUGGCCGCAAUAGCUUCGCGUGCGUGGAUGACUAAACGUCGGUGUCUCAUACGGCCGUGAAGCAUCCCUUGAUCCUUUGGACGGAACUUGCAUGCUUUGAUCCAAGUAUUGCGACAUCACAUCUGUUAUCGUCAGCUGUGGUACCACUUCUGCCACCACACUUCUCGGAAGAACGCUCUACUAGUAUCGCUCUAGUUUUACUACCAGCAGUACGAUUUCCAGUUUCCAGAGAAUGGUUGCAAUGGGUGGUGGCGAGGAAUUCCCGCAGCGGGGUAAAAGCGAUCGUGAACUGCUCCUCUUCACAGCACCUCACAAAGAAGGGGAUGUGGACCAAAUAGUAGCUGAGAUCCAAAAAGAGUUCACUAACUUGGACGUGGAAUUCGUUCAGCCAGGAUCCGAUGGAAAAACACAAGUGCCCAAAGAGCUUUACCAGCGUGCGAAUUACCUGACGACUUUCACCUGGCUCCCUCCGAAUGCGUCCGAAGUACCCGACCUCAAAUUUAUCCAGUUUCUUUCCGCGGGAGUAAACCACAUCGCCAACCACCCAAUCUACACCGAUUCCAAGAUCCCACUGCUAAGCGCCAACGGUGUUCAUGGCCCCCAGAUUGCAGAAUGGGUCGUCAUGAUGUACCUCGUUCACAACCACAAAUAUGUCGCACUGUACGAGCAGCAGAAGCAAAAGCUCUGGAAGCCAGAAACGGGCAAGGAUGUGACCGACAGUCCAGGGAAGACAGUAGGUAUUUUGGGAUACGGUUCAAUCGGGCGACAAGUUGCACGCGUCGCAAAGGCCAUGGGCAUGAAUGUCCUCGCGUACACCGCGUCUCCACGCCCCACCCCCGAAUCUCGCCGUGACGAUGGAUUCAUCGUUCCUGGUACCGGGGACCCUGAUGGUAGCUUCCCUAGCGCAUGGUAUAGCGGAUUAGACAAGGAAAGCCUGCACGAGUUCCUCAAGCAAAAGAUAGACUUGCUGGUGCUGGCUGUGCCGUUGACUAAAACAACAACACACUUCCUCUCGGCCGCUGAGUUUGAAGUCCUUAAUCAAUCGAAUCCAGCCGGCACAUAUGUAGUCAACAUCUCGCGCGGUCCAGUCAUCGACCAGCCUCAACUCGUCAAGGCUUUGAACGAAAAACUGAUCGGCGGCGCGGCUCUGGAUGUCACUGAUCCAGAACCUCUACCCAAGGACGACCCGCUUUGGGAUACUCCGAAUGUGCUCAUCACGCCGCAUAUUAGCGGUUCAACGUCGGCAUACUCUACGAGGGCUACGCAGGUACUGCAGGAGAACCUGAGGAGAUUGAGAGAUGGGAAGAAGUUGAUUAACGAGGUUGAUAGAGAUAAGGGGUACUAG